UGGACGCUCUGAGCGAGAGUUCUGGCAUCGAUUACAGAGCCUUAGUCGGCGAUCGUUCAUUGCACUUGUUGGAAAUAGUUGCUUUGUAGGUGAUGGCCAGCGCAGGUAGAUCGGUACGCCUUUUCGUCGGCAACCUGCCGUGGACCGUGGGACAUCGGCAACUAAGGGAAUAUUUUGCUCAAUUUGGCCCAGUACAAAGUGCUAGAGUAGUUUUUGAUCGCUCAACAGGUCUGAGCAAAGGUUAUGGUUUUAUUGAGUUUGUGAGCUCAGCUGACGCUGCUGAUGCAACCAAUAAGCAAAUACACUCCUUAGAAGGUUUGAAUUUGUCUGUACAAGCUCAAAAUUAAAU